GUGGGCGGAGGAGCGAAGGAGGGGGCGAUCGUAGAGUACCAGAAGCCUGGGCCUCUCCUGAGGGAAGACGAAGAGGAUCUUGAGAUUAAGCUCCGAAGAAUCAUCGAUAACGUUCCCGUUAAAGUCAGCAACACCUCCGGCAGCUCUGCGGGGUCCGGCUCCGGCGAUUUCCAUCAGUAUCGCCAAAUGAGACGAAAGGAACAAGAUCGGGUUGCAAGGAUGGAUGCAGACUACCAAAGGAGGAAAGAGAUAGCCGAGUUUAACAUGAGACGGGAGGAAAGAAUGAAAGCUGCAGAAGAGAGGACUGCCAAGAAACGCUUGAAACGACAAAAGAAGAAACAAAAGAAGAAAGAAAAGAAAACUAAGACGUGUGGUGAUGAUGGGGAAGAACAUCAAGGAGAAGAGAAUCACAAAGAAGAAUCUUCAGAUAGCGAGGAUUCGGAUUAUGAUGACAGUGAACAACUGAAGUUGUCAAUUUCGGAUAAGAUUCAUUAGGACCUGCUCCGUAUUGAUCAUGUGCACGCUAAAGUGUAAAAUGAAAUGCAGCCGAGAACUAUGAUUUUCCAGUGAUGAUCAUGAUGCCGCUGCUGCCUAGUUUAACUUUUUUCGAUACGGGGGCAUUAUAUCUGUGUUCAGUUCUAACAGUUCAUGAUGAUGUAUCUCAAGAGGAGCAUACUGAUAUGUCAAUGAAAGAUUAAGAUUGGGAUAUAUUUUGAUAGAUCUGAAUAUGGAUAGUCUUUUUUUUUCGUGUUCUUGUGGAA